GUGGGUGUAUUUACCCUUUUACCUUUAUAUUAGCCAUAGUUUCUUAGUGUUGCUUUCAGACGCAUAAGUAUGUUUUUUUUCUCUGCUUUUGUUUAAUUCAAAGGGAAAAGAUAUCAAAACGUUUGAGCCAGAGUAAUAUAAUUUAUGAAUGCGUAAGUUGGUCUAUUAUUUUUAAGAGCAAAUUUGAUUCUCUUAUCUAUAUAUAUACACUUGAUCAUAUUAAUUUUCUUAGGUGUAUAUAUACAUAUAUAUAUGGAGUCUUCCCAAGUAUUUGGAGGAGCUGAUGAAGAGUGUCAAAGCAGUGAAUCAGGGUGGACAAUGUACCUCGGGUCUCCAACACAUGGCGAAAGCGACGAUGGAAAUGAAGAAAGUGAUUAUGAAGACGAUGACGAUAGUAGCGACGACGACGAUGACGGUGGAAACGACAACGAUAACGACGGCGGUGACGAUGAGAGUGAUGAUUCUAUGGCUUCUGAUGCUUCUUCAGGCCCGAAUAGGGAACGACGUCGUUUUGAUGGAAACGAUAAUGGAGAGUGUAGCAUUAGUCCCACUGGGCGUCAUGGAAAGGAGGACCAUCACAAGGAGCCAAACAAGUAUUGCUUUGAUGAUGUAAAAGGAAAGAAGUUAGCGUUGGUGAAGAAGCAGAGAGCGGGAAAGUAGAAGGAAAAUGGUUUUAAAGGGAAGAGAAAGAUCCAAACAUGUUUAAGCAAUUCAACACUCCCCCUGCCCAAAAGAGGAAACCUGGUGAAGGUAGUAGCUCAAACCCUCCGAGCAAGGUCGCGAAGACUAUAUCGACCAACCAGGGGAGAUCAUCUAACCAGCCUAUCGCUAUCCCACGAUUGACUCUUCCAUCUAUUCCUCCUUCAGCUAGCUUAACAACUACCCAACCAGCUGACUUAACUGAGCCCCUUCGCAUUGCUGAUGAAUAUGGAAAGGAGUUAUUAGACCACACUCUUCAUCAUGCAACAAUAACUACAACCUUUGAGACUUUACCCCAGCACAGUGUUGAAGUUUUCCUACAAUGAGGCCUUGCUCAAAUAA